AUGCGACCUACAACGAUGAUGGUGCCCGGUGGAAGUCCGUGGCGGUGUGCGAUACUCCUGACACUACUGUUGGCCGGCGAAGGGUGGGCCGUACACCGGGGCCAAUAUCCGCGCAGCUUUCCGGUCCACCCGGCAAACGACCCGUGCAAUGACGAGGAUCGUCCGCUCCGUUGCAUGCCGGACUUUGUGAACGCGGCGUUCGGCGUACCGAUCGAGGCGUCGUCGACGUGCGGCCAGGGCAAACCGGCCCGGUUUUGCGAUUUGAAGGAAUCGGCCGACGGUGGGCUGAUGGGUGGCCGGUCCGGGAUGGUGGAGUCAACCUGCGAGAUCUGUGACGAGGCGGACGCGACCAAGCGCUACUCCGCCCUUGCCCUGACCGAUGUGCAUAACACGAACAAUGUGACCUGCUGGCGGUCGGAACCGCGCAGCGGCACGCUGGACGCUGGUCCAGACAACGUGACGCUAACGCUUUCGCUCGGCAAAAAGUUCGAGCUGACGUACGUGAGCCUGACGUUCUGCCCGCACGCGAUCCGGCCGGACUCGAUGGCGAUCUACAAGAGCGCGGACUAUGGCAAGAAUUGGCUGCCGUUCCAGUUUUACAGCUCCCAGUGCCGGAAGCUGUACGGCCGCCCGACGAAGGCGACGAUUUCGCCCAGCAACGAACAGGAGGCACGCUGCGUAGAUCACAACCGCUACAGCGUGGAUGUUGUGCAAGGGUCCCGGAUCGCGUUCAGCACCCUGGAGGGACGCCCGUCUGCGCCCGAUUUCGACAACUCCGUCAUCCUGCAGGAUUGGGUAACCGCCACCGACAUCCGCGUCAUCUUCCAUCGGCUCCAGCCGGCGAGUGGUGGUGGUGGUGGUGGCGGCGGGUCGUCCUCCCUCACGAAAUCGCAAUCAACCGAGCUGCUCGGCGGCGGCAAGUUUGGCGGCGUGCCCAAGAAGGCAUCCGACUUCCUGUCCCAUCCGCGGGACAUCGGCACCCAGGGCGUUGGUUCCGGCGUGCUGACGUACGCGCUGUCCGACUUUGCCGUCGGUGGACGGUGCAAGUGCAACGGGCACGCGUCCCGGUGCGUGAAGGGUGCGGACGAGAAGCUCGAGUGCGAUUGCAAGCACAACACCGCCGGCCGAGACUGCGAACGCUGCAAACCGUUCUACUUCGAUCGGCCCUGGGGCCGCGGUACGAUGCGCGACGCGAACGAAUGCAAAGCCUGUCAGUGUAACGGCCAUGCCAGGAAGUGCCGCUUCAAUCUCGAGCUGUACAAGAUGUCGGGACGUGUUUCGGGUGGUGUGUGUACGGACUGCCGGCAUGAUACAGCCGGGCGCCACUGCCAUUACUGCCGUGAGGGCUUCUACAAGGAUCCAUCCAAACCGAUCACCCACAAGAAAACCUGCAAGCCCUGCGACUGCCAUCCGAUUGGGUCGUCGGGUAAGAGCUGCAACCACACGACGGGCCAGUGCACCUGUAAGGAAGGCGUAACGGGACUGAACUGCAACCGAUGCGCCCGCGGCUACCAGCAGAGCCGCUCGCAUAUCGCACCGUGCAUAAAAAUACCUCGAGUCAUUAACAUCAACCACCAAGCCCAGAACACUGCACCAGAAUCCUACCAGUACGAUCCGGAUGCAAGCGAAAGCACCAAAGAAAAUUGUGGCAAAUGUAAAUUCGACACGAAGCGGCUUAACCUGAACAAAUUCUGCAAACGCGAUUAUGCCAUCAUGGCGAAGGUGACGGGCCGUACGACCCCGGGCGGCAAAAAUUCACCCCGUGACGAGGUCCGCUUCAAUCUUCAGGUGCAAUCGGUGUUCAAAUCGAACGGACCGCUGCUACUGGCGAGCCAGCGCAAAUCUAGCAUUGGGCUGCUGGUACCGUCGAAGAAUCUUGACUGCCGCUGUCCCAACAUCAAGAUCAACAAGUCUUACCUGAUCCUCGGCAUGGAUGCGAAGAGCAAUGCGGAAAAUCUAAUGCUCGGCCCGAAAACGAUCAUCAUCGAGUGGAAGGAUGACUGGAAUAGGCGGCUGCGCCGCUAUCAGCAACAGGCGGGCUCAUGCUACUAG